AUCACAAACACGUUGCUAGCUAGUUUGAUUACCUAUCCAAACAAGAAACAACGCACACUGCUAGCUUGUUUGAACUAGUUUUCUUUGAUGGCGGGGAAAGACAGAAUCCUGAUCCUAGGACCAACAGGAGCCAUCGGAAGACACAUAGUUUGGGCAAGUGUUAAGGCUGGGAAUCCCACGUUUGCUUUGGUUAGGAACACCCCUGGCUCUGCUAGCACCGUAAGACUUGUCACUGCUGCUAAUCCUGAAAACAAGGAAGAGCUCAUUCAGAGCUUCAAAAAUUCUGGGGUUACCCUUCUCGUGGGUGAUAUAAAUGAUCAUCAGAGUCUGGUUAAUGCAAUCAAGCAAGUUGAUGUUGUAAUAUGCGCAGCUGGUAGACUACUAAUAGAAGAUCAAGUGAAGAUCAUUGCAGCAAUCAAAGAAGCUGGAAAUGUCAAGAGAUUCUUUCCAUCUGAAUUUGGGCUGGACGUGGACCGUCACGAUUCAGUUUAUCCAGUUAGAGAAGUUUUCGAGGAUAAAGCAAAAAUCCGAAGAAUAAUUGAAGCUGAAGGAAUUCCAUACACUUACCUCUGUUGCCAUGCUUUUACCGGUUACUUCUUGCGUAACUUGGCACAACUUGAUGCCACUGUUCCUCCUCGGGACAAGGUAUUCAUCCUAGGAGAUGGAAAUGUCAAAGGAGCGUACGUGACUGAGGCUGAUGUGGGCACUUACACAAUCAAAGCAGCGAAUGACCCUCGAACCUUGAACAAAGCCGUGCACAUAAGGCUUCCUUCCAAUUAUUUGACCUCAAACGAGAUCAUCUCUUUGUGGGAGAAGAAGAUUGGGAAGACUCUUGAGAAGACUUAUAUUUCAGAGGAAAAAGUUCUCAAGGACAUAAAGGAGUCUGGUUUCCCUAAGAACUACCUGUUGGCGUUGUACCACUCACAACAGAUAAAGGGGGAUGCAGUAUAUGAGAUUGACCCAGCCAAAGAUGCUGAGGCCUAUAAAUUUUAUCCUGACGUGAAAUACACCACCGUCGAUGAAUAUUUGGAUCAAUUUGUCUGAAUUUUCUGAUCUGAGGAAUGCGUUUUUUGAAUUCUGCCAAUAAAAUCAAAAUCUCUUUUCUCUUCAAAAAAUUGCCUUGUAGGCUUUGUACCACUUUCAUUUUUUGUUACUUGUGUUUCUCUUGUCCUCAAGAAUACCUCCACGUUAAUGUAAUAUUCAUUUAACCUGAAAGUAAAUAAGAGUUACUAUAUUUAUACAGUAAUUUAUUUUCU